CAGUCGUCCCUCUCUCUCUCUUUACAAAGUUUGUACUUUUCGAUUUUUUCUCGCAGCGAGAGGGAGAGAAGUGGAAAAAUGUCAGACCCGGCGAUCAAGCUGUUCGGGAAGACGAUUCCGUUGCCGGAGAUUGCUGCUUCGCCGUCUGGUGCCGUUUCCAGUUCCGGCGGAGGAGGAUUAAUCGAUCGCCGUGAUCAGGAUCCUGCUUCGGUGCCAGAUUCGUCUGUCGGAGAAGACAACACGACCGAUGACGGCUGUGACGACGGCGGCGGAGGUGGAGGUAACGGUGGUUGCGGGGGCGAGGAGAGGGAGAGUGAAAAGGAAAUGCAGGAGGAGAACAUUAAUGGCCGUGGAGAAGAGCAUGGUGGAGAGUCCUCUAUCCAGGAAUCUGGUGCUACUUCUGGUAAAUCGGGGCUUACUGACAGAAUGGAGACUCCGAAAGCUCAAGCUGGAAAAGCAGAGGAAGAGUCGCAGAACGAGACGGGUGCUUCUUCUCAGGAGACAAAGUUAAAGAAACCCGACAAGAUUCUGCCUUGCCCACGUUGCAACAGCAUGGACACUAAGUUCUGCUACUACAACAACUACAAUGUUAACCAACCCCGCCACUUCUGUAAGAACUGCCAGAGAUAUUGGACAGCUGGUGGGACGAUGAGGAAUGUUCCUGUGGGGGCUGGGCGCCGUAAGAACAAGAACUCAGCUUCUCACUUCAACCGCCAUGUGAGCAUAUCUGCUGAAGCCAUGCAGAAGCCAAGAACUGAACUUCACCAUCCGAACGGUACCCAUCUCCUCACAUUUGGCUCGGAUCAACUCCUCUGUGAAUCCAUGGCUUCUGGUUUGAACCUUGCUGAUAAAGCAAUGCUAAAGACAAGAAAUGGGUUCCAUGAACCAGCUGAAGGCUUGAAGAUUCAAAUCCCCUAUGAAAAUAACGUGAAUUCAUCUUCAAACCCGCCAAGUGAGGAGGCAGGAGCGAGCGGCUCAAUGCCGAAAGUUCCAUGCUUUCCGGCACCUCCACCAUGGCCUUAUUCCUGGAACGGAGUUCCAUGGACAGUUUUACCAUUUUACCCACCGCCCACGUACUGGAGCUGUCCGGGGGCUCCACCAGUCACAUGGAACGGAUUUCCGUGGAUGGCUCAGCCAAAUUCACCAUCUGGGUCUGGUCCAAAUUCUCCAACACUAGGCAAACAUUCACGGGACGAGAACACGGCCGAACCAGGAACCAGUUCCAAGGAAACCGAGCCAUCAACGAAAGAGAAGAGCAAUCCCGAAAGAUAUCUAUGGGUUCCAAAAACGUUGAGGAUCGACGAUCCAGAGGAAGCAGCCAAGAGCUCGAUCUGGGAAACACUAGGGAUCAAGAACGACGAAAAGGGGGAAACUUUCAGGGCAUUCAGAUCAAAGAAGGAAAAAGGUGCUCGAGCCAAGGAAAACCCUUCAUCGCCUCCGGUGCCAGUGUUGCAAGCCAAUCCGGCGGCCAUGUCAAGGUCGAUGAACUUCCAUGAGAGAUCGUAACUGAGGGGAAAGGUGCGUAAGAAAGAAGACAGAGACAUCUUAGCUAAGAAACGUAGCAGCUGAUUUGAUUGUUUUGAGUGCUCGUCUUGUGUCCUAAGGAAGCAGGUGAGUUCUUUUUCUUGUACAUAUAUGCUUAGCUAUACACACACGCUCACACACUGCACGCACACAUAUAUGCGUAUGUAUUUGUGUGAUACACACAUACAUACGCAUAUAUAUAUAUAUACGGUUGACAUAGAGGGAGUUUUGGUUUGCAGAUUGAUAGUUUGUUAUUGUACCAUAAAAGGAAAACCCCAAAUUGUGGUAGAAUAAAGUAUUUGGGGUGGCCGACCAUAAUUGGUGAAUUUUGUUCCCAUUGGUAUGGCUGGUGGAAGAACUAUGUGAGAAAUGCAAUAUUCUUAAUUUAUUGUCGUUGGAUUAAUUUUAUCUGUAAUAUUUUAAUCUAAUAAUUCAAGGUUGGAAA